AUGAAGGACCUCUCGACGCUGCCGCAGAUCAUCCAGAGCUUCGUUCUUGGGAACCUCUGGGAAGCAGAACCGAAUCACUCUGUGCCGCAGACAUGCAAGACAUUCUGCGGCUUGUGGAGACAGUAUGCGGCAGCUAAGGCGCUCCUCACCUCCGAUAGUGGGACCGCAUACUUCUUCAGGUUGUGGCUUGCAGAGUUCAUGAAGGAUCAGGCCUUGACAACGCAGAGUGCUUCAGGCCCGCGGCAUAGCCCCAUCUUUCACUUCGUUGCCAAAGUGCAGAAAGACAGCCAGUUGUCUGAAGCACCGAGAUACCUCGACUGCGGUGACAGCUUGAGUCUUUACUUGGCGAGGCUGAACCCACCAGACAUUGAAUCGGAGCGCCUCAAGUGCCUAUGGGACAAAGUGGCUGCUGUUCUACGGGGCGAGCAGCUUACGGGUGCCAGCCUCCUGUUGGCUUAUGCUCAGAAUUCUGAGAGUAUGGCUGCGGAUUUAGUCGUGCUCUUGAGGGACUCAUCAGGCUUGUCGCUCUUGCGAUGUAGCGGGGAUUGCGCCUACAACGAAGUGUAUAUCUCAACACAUGGAGUCGCGGCCGGCGGUUUGCGCAAAGCAGUGAAGCAAGUGUGGAAAUGCAGAGGAAUCGACUUGGAAGAUGCCAUGGACAAACUCUUCCGAUGCCUGAGCUUCAAGCCCUCUUGGAGCGAAGAAUGGGAGUCGCAGAUGGACUUCGACUUCGAAGCGGACAGUGAUGAUGCCAUGCAGACCUACCUCGAGAAGCUUUGGAGUGGUACAGGUGAUUGA